CUCUCUUCUCGAUUAGAAAAAUUAAAACAUUUUUUCCCCUGCAUCGUGUCAUUAUCUUCCCUUGUGUUGGGUUUGCGUCUCUCUCUCUCUCUCUCUCUCUCUCUCUCUCUCUCUCUCUCUCUCUCUCUCUCUCAGCAGUGUGUGCUCAAUUUCAUAAUCCCGCUCGUUCCUUUGAGAAUCAUCGUUCGCUUUCUCAUUUCUCUUCCAUCAAUCAUGAGCGGCUCACCUGAUCCGUUGGAUUCAUUUCCUCCGUUACGUCUUCGUCAAUCGGACGCCACCUCUCGCCGUUCUUCCUUCGGCGCCGACUCCGAAUUAGAACGUUACUGCAGCGGUAAUUCAAUGAUGGGAACACCGAGCACAACUAUGAGCCUUCACAGUGCCAUCACCGUUUUCCACGAUUUCUCCGAUAUCGAUUUUGGUUCUUCCAGACGCUUCGACGAUGGAAUUGCUGCGACGGAGACAAAUCGCAAGAAUUUUAGGUAUGGUUCGAGUGGAUUGAAAUUGUACGAUGAUGAUUGUGAUGAGCUUGAUAUCACCUGUCUUGAUUCGUCGGAGUUGAUCGGAAAUAACCGAACUGAAGAAGAAUUUGAUGCCAAUGAAAAUGGAGGUGAAGUUGGGGAUAGAGCGAUUGAGAAGGAAGAGGAAUUUUCGGAAGGUGAGGAAUCUAUGUUUAAUUAUGGGAGUGGUUGUGAUGGUGAUAAUGAGAAUGAGUUUGAUUCGUUGAAAGGUCAAAACGAGAAGAAUGAGUUUUAUUUUUCGAGGAAUUUGCAUUUAUACGAGGGAACAGAAGUUCCGAACCAGAAUCCAUUGUUUAUGAAUUCUUCUGUGGCUUUUGGUUCACAUGAUUUGGAAGAUUUUUUGCUCCAAAAUGGACCAGUUUCUGUUGAUUCAGACCUGUUUCGCAAUCCACAAGAAAAUAAUGCUCGAGUUGAAGAAGAGGGUGUAAGUUCCGGUCAAAAGGAGGAGAAGAAUGCGGUCAUUCUCAAUGAUGAAGUUGAAGAAACUAAGGAUAUUGGUAAUCCAGAAACUAUAGACGGGGUGAGGGAUACGGACAGGGCAUUGGACACUCCUGUUGCUUGUUGUGAAGUUCAAGGUGCUGACAAAUUGGUUGGUUCUUCUGAAACUUCUUCUAUCUGUGAGGCUGAUUUGGGUCUGCUGUCAGAAGAAGAUCCUCAGAAGAAUUUGCAUGUUACUGAUGGUGGAAGAGAGGGAAAGGGUAAUAGGUAUAUUAAUAGUGAUGAAGCCGGUGCCUCUGGUGAUGUUCAAUUGGAAAAUCCAGAGUUGGAUGAUUCUGAAUUGAAGUUUGACAACUUUCGUGAUAGUAGAGUUGAUGAAUGUUCUUCAGAUGCAUCCGUUCAUGUAGGGAAUGUGAAUGCAAAAUCAUUUGAGAACCUUAAACCAAUUGUGCUGCCAUCGAAUGGUGGAAUGAGGAAAACCUUAGAGAGGUCUUCCACUUCGACAAAUGUAUUAGAAGAAAGUCAUGUGAUACCUAAGAUAGAGGACCUUGAGCUAAAUGAAUUCCACGAUGAGGUUGUUCAGGACAUGGAAGAAAUUUUACUGGAGUCUAUGGAUUCUCCUGCAGCUAGGUUUUCCGUGGGUAACAGAAUGCUUGAUCCGCAACUGUCUAUGCCUUCAAGAGAUGGUGGGUUGACUGCUUCUACUUCUAGGACAGAUGAUGCUUACCUGCUAGUUCAGCGCCCAAGAAGAAUAGAUAGGAUAGAAGUUGUAGGUGCAAGGCAGAAAAGAGGGGAUGUUUCUUUCAGUGAAAGAUUGGUUGGGGUGAAGGAAUACACUGUUUAUAAAAUAAAAGUGUGGAGUGGCAAGGAUCAUUGGGAGGUUGAAAAGCGAUAUCGUGAUUUCUUAACUCUUCACCGUUGCAUGAAAACCUUAUUCAACGAGCAAGGCUGGACUUUACCUUUGGCUUGGUCUUCUGUUGAGAAGGAAUCGAAGAUAUUUAGAAGUGCAUCUCUUGAUAUUAUUGCAAAGAGAAGUGUUCUUAUUCAAGGGUGUUUACAGUCUAUUCUCUCUUCCAGGUUCUUUUCAAGUCCUCCAAGAGCACUUGUUUGGUUUUUGUCCCCUGAAGAUUCACAUCCCAGUUCACCUAAGACAAAUUUGCCGGUGUCUCUGUCUUCUUUUACAAGAGGGGAAAACAUUCGAAACUCUUCUACUUGGGGGAAAACCAUAUCCCUUAUUGUUGAAAUUCCAUCAAAUAAAUCAACGAGGCAGUUGUUAGAAGCACAACAUCACAAAUGCGCUGGAUGCCAUAGGCAUUUUGAUGAUGGAAAUACUUCAAUUUGGGAUUUUGUACAGACAUUUGGAUGGGGGAAGCCUCGACUUUGUGAAUAUACUGGUCAAAUGUUCUGCUCUUCUUGCCAUACAAAUGAUACUGCGGUCUUGCCGGCAAGGGUUUUACAUCAUUGGGAUUUUACUCAUUAUCCUGUUUCUCAGCUGGCAAAGUCAUAUCUGGAUUCUAUACAUGAACAGCCCAUGCUUUGCGUCACUGCCGUUAAUCCCUUCCUUUUGUCAAAGGUCCCAGCCUUACUUCAUGUGAUGAGUGUCAGGAAAAAGAUAGGAACGAUCCUACCAUAUGUUCGCUGCCCAUUCCGAAGGUCUAUCAACAAAGGAGUUGGAAAUCGGAGAUAUCUUCUCGAAAGCAAUGACUUUUUUGCUCUUAGAGAUUUGAUUGAUCUUUCCAAAGGAGUCUUUGCUGCACUUCCUGUAAUGGUGGAAACUGUAUCGAGGAAAAUCCUGGAACACAUUACUGAUCAAUGUCUCGUAUGCUGUGAUGUGGGAAUCCCGUGUAGUGCCCGACAAGAUUGCAGUGACCCAUCUUCUCUCAUUUUCCCAUUUCAGGAAGAUGAAAUAGAAAUGUGCAAAUCUUGUCAGUCAGUUUUCCAUAAGCUUUGCUUUAGAAAGGUUGCAAACUGUCCUUGUGGGGAACAGCUCAAACUGAACAAGACGAGGAGUUUAACUAACAGAGUACGCCAAUGGGGAGGUGGUGGUGGAACGAGAGGAGCUUUGGACUUGUUAGGCAAGGGACUGAGUUCUGGGCUGUCACCUCGGUUUCUCUCUGGAUUAUUUACGAAAGAAAAGCAUGAGAAAACAAGGGAGCAUCAAGGAGAAAAUAUCAUCUUAAUGGGUUCCUUACCAAGCAAUUCUUUAUGAUCAGAAGUCAGAACCUGUACCUUAAUGUUGUAUUAGGUUUUUGUCUUUUUUGACUCAAAUGUUGUAUUAGCUAUACCACACAUUAUGUUGCACAUCUCAGGAUGUUUCUUCAAUAAUCACAAUUGUGUAUGGUCAUUUUUUGGGUUUGUCAUUCUUUGUAACAAAAAAUUAUGUAUAUAGUAUCAUCAAGUUUCUCUUCUUCA